AUGAUGCCUUUAGUCUCCGCCUUCUUGCUGAUCGCUUUGUCCGUCGCCGCAGUCAAAGCCACAAACAUCACCGGUGACCCUACCAACCUCGCCAAUUGGCCCCCAUGUGCUCAAAAAUGCAUCCCUCUCGGCCUCACAGCCCCAGCUUCCUGCAACAGCCUCUCAAACUUAACCUGCAUCUGCCAAAAUCCAACCUUCAGCGUCUCGAUUGCCGGCUGCGAAAGAACUUCAUGCAGCACCGACGAGCUCAAGCAGAUUGAGAACCUAAGCAUCCCCCUCUGCGCCCCUGUUGGCGGCCAACCUGCAAGCGUCUUAUCAGCCAUAAGCUCCUAUUAUGUCACUGCCUCACUGACGGCAUCUGGCUUGCCGACAUACCCAGCUGAUGCCACGGCGAGCACAGCUGUGAGUGCCGUCCUGGCGACUGCUACUCCGCAGCCUAAUUUUGGGAAUCCAACCAACAUCUUGACUUAUCCGCUGUGUGCUCAAACCUGCGCGAAUGAAAGCGUCAUCAAUGCCGGUUGCGAUACCAGCAACGUCGACUGUGCUUGCGGGACUGUGUAUCGUAGUAUAACAGCAGCUUGCGAGGAAAUUAGCUGUAGUGCCGGAGAUAGGGCGACCACAUCUCUCCUAGCCCAAGAACUCUGCGGUCCCGUCUACCACAACAUGUCCUCUCUCGGUUCGGCGGUCUCGUCAGCCAUUGCAUCAGCGACGUCUGUCGCCGCAGCUGUUGCGUCCAAGGACCCGACGAAGAGUGAAAGCUACCCGCUAUGUGCCCAAAAAUGCCAAAAUACAUCCAUUCCCUCUUCCGGCUGCGGCAGCCUUUCAAAUCAGACCUGCAUCUGCAACUCGUCGAGCCUUAGCGACCUCAAUUCCUGUGAAUCAAAGACGUGCAGUGCCUCUGACUUUCAAAUCACCUCGGAUCUCUCAUACACCCUCUGCAACCCCGUCGGCGGCAUCGGGAAUAACGUGUCCAAUGCGUCGUAUGUCGCUACGGCUAGCACGCCUGCGCCGACUGUCUUUACUGGAGGUGCGGCUGCCGUGGUGAAGAGGUUGGUUGGCUGGAGUGUGGUUGGGCUAGUUGGGGCGCUAGGCUGGCAGGUUUUGUUGUGA